AUUUAUAAGCCUCUGUCUGUUUUCCAAACAAAUUCAUAGGAUGUGUACAAUGGUGUAAAAUACUCUGAGCUUAAUCACUUUCUGUAAUUCUCCUCUCUCUUUCCUCCGGGAUAGUAAUAAUCAGAAACAUGUGUUAGCUCAGCCAAAAGAAUUGUGCGAAGUUUGCUUACUGAGAUGUUGGUUCUUUUUCUGUUCAGAGGAAUGAGGGAAUUAAAGUGCUUUUCAUUGAUUUUUUUCUCGGGGAGUUGAUUUCCGUGUUCAAUUUUCAUCCACAGCUUUUGCUUCAGUUUUUCAAAUAUGUACCAAAAGGUUUCUUCUGGUUGUUAGACUCGUAUAUGAUAUUCUUCUUAUUGCAUUCAAAAAAUGUAUGCUUCUUCUCUAUUAUUAUUAUUAUUAUUUAUGAAUUUGGUUCUCAUUGUUGAUUACUUAACAGGUAGAAAAUACUAAUAAUUGCCCUUGCUCCGUUGCAAUUCUCAAGCCUAAAUUUGGUGGCUUUGAUUCACUCUUUUUUGAGGCACCCUCACAGUGCUGGUUUACAAUUGUAUGGCUGUGGCAUUCAACCAUCUCUCAUGGUGGUUGUGGAGUGGAAAGCAUCGAGAGCCCAAAGUACCCAACGGGUCUUCUUUAAAUUCUUCUCUUGAUUCCGGCUUGUUGGAAUCUGAUAAUUUGAAGUUUCCAUUGGUUCGGGGGGCUAAUAUGGCUUCAUCAUCAAGGAGGAUCAAGCGCAAAUGGCAAAGCCGGGAAGAGAGGAAAGUUGAUAGGGAAUAUGAAGUUGUUCUUGUGCCAUCUGAUGGUGGAUGUGUUUCAGAUUCUGAGUCUGAUAAUUCUGAUUAUUCAGUUGGGUGGUUGGAGCCUCAUGGGCCUGGAUUCCAAAGUGAUGAUGAGACUAACAACAGUUUUGCUGUGCUAGUUCCAUGUUAUGGACUUGUUCACGACGAUAUGGUGGAGGCUCCAAAGAACAACAUUUUAGGCGCUAUUGUCAGAGUCCCAGAUAGUUAUUCUGAUGAGCGCAAGAAAUAUAUGGAAGAGUGGCUUUCUUCCCUUCAGAACAUCUGAUAUUCAGGAUAGCUAACAGAGGCAAAUUGGGUCUUUUGGGCUGCUGCUGCAUCUUCUGUGAGGACCUGUCCUGUUGCGUUAACAUUGAAAGUAAAAUGUGAAGAUGAAAUAUAAUCCAGUCUUCGGUAUCGACAAAAAAAAAGGAAAAAAAGAACAAAACAAAGCAAAAAGAGGGGCUGGCUGGUGUGGUAUUUUGUUGGUAGCAUAGGACUUGCAACCAUUGGCUCCAAGCUGAUAAUAAUACCGUAUGAAGAGCAAAAAUGGCAGAAGCUUGUGUUAAUGUACAAGGAGCAGAAGCGGCAGAGGGCGAAUCUACAACAGCCGCAUUGGUGCCAAGAUAACAUGUUUUUGUAGAUGCUUCUUGGAAGACUUCGCUAGGAGGACCGGUUGGUGUCUUCCCCUUCUCACUCUCCACGACCGGGACGGAAACCAUUGUGUGAUAAAGCGUUUGCUGGCAUAUGUUGGAGAUGAAAACAGGGAGGGGAAAAAAGUGUGUUGUGUGUGGUAGCCAUUCUUUCAUGUAAAUAUAUCAUCCGUACAUAUAGAAGGUGGUCAUUGCCUUGUG